UCCCCCUUCGUUUUCCAGUGUAGUGCGUUGAUUUCAUACCAAAGUCAUACUUAACAUUCCACUUAUACUGUCAAACCUCUGAGAAAUAUUAAGGAAAACAACAGCGCGCCAAAAUAUAACAAAGUUACUGAAUUGAUCAGUUUCCCCCACUGAGGAGAAUAAGCUGACUGCAAGAAUAAAAAGUUCAUACCUGGAUCCAACUCUUCCAGCCUUGCUCCUCAAGAAGAAUCCAACAGUUUUACAGACAAGCACGGAGAGAGACGAUUUGGACGAAAACGUUUUAGAGGAAUACACAACAUCAGCGUGAUUUGGACCUCUGCAUCACUAAGAUCACCUACAGAUCCUUUGAUACCGGGGCUCGGGGUUGGGCCCAGGUGGAGCCGCCACAAUUGCGUCCAACGAGUGGAGUGCCAACGGUAGCCCAGAAGAUGGGCUGGACGGGGACAAUGAAGACAAGACCAUGGACGGGGAUGCCGAGGGCGUGUGGUCCCCAGACAUUGAGCAGAGCUUCCAGGAGGCCCUCGCCAUCUACCCUCCCUGUGGAAGGAGGAAAAUCAUCUUGUCAGAUGAGGGAAAGAUGUAUGGUCGCAAUGAAUUAAUAGCGAGGUACAUCAAGCUGAGAACAGGCAAAACCCGGACAAGAAAACAGGUGUCUAGUCACAUACAGGUGUUAGCACGGAAGAAAGUUCGUGAAUACCAGGCGGGUAUAAAGGCGAUGAAUUUGGCUGCUUCUAGAUUUCAACCCGGGAAGGACUCCUGGGCUUGGCCGCACCAGCCAUGCUAUCAAACCAUUUGCACAGCCCCCAUACUCGAGCCUACCAGGUUCUGUAAACCAACCCAUACCAAAUUAUGAGCCCUUGGCGCCACCUCCUGCACCAGCCGCUACUGCAGUGCCAGUCUGGCAGGAUCGGACCAUUGCCUCCUCUAAGCUGAGGCUGCUGGAGUACUCAGCCUUCAUGGAGGUCCAGAGGGACCCAGACAAUUACAGCAAACACCUGUUUGUCCACAUCGGACAAACUAAUCCCUCCUACAGCGAUCCGCUCCUUGAGGCUGUGGACAUUCGGCAGAUCUACGACAAGUUCCCUGAGAAGAAGGGUGGGCUCAAAGAGCUUUAUGAGAAAGGGCCCCAAAAUGCUUUCUUCCUUGUAAAGUUCUGGGCUGAUCUGAACAGCAGCGGUAUGCCAGACGGUCCAGGUUCAUUCUAUGGUGUCAGCAGUCAAUACAGUAGCAUUGAGAACAUGACGAUCACCGUUUCAACCAAAGUCUGCUCAUUUGGCAAGCAAGUUGUCGAAAAAGUAGAGACAGAGUAUGCCCGCCUAGAGGGAGGAAAGUGUGUUUACAGGAUCCACCGCUCUCCUAUGUGCGAGUACAUGAUCAACUUUAUCCACAACUUCGGAUUGCCUUAUUUUUACUACCUCUUGUUUUUAAAUGAAAAGAAAAUAUUCAUACAGGUAUUUUGAAAAAAAAUGUGGAAAGAAACCUCAGAUCAACAUCUUUUGGGGCAGUUCUUGUAUUCAGGCACGCAGAGGAGUGGGAUAACUAAUUCUGAUGAGGUCUAUUUUACAAAAAAACAAAAACAACAUCCCAGGUUUUACAGUCCAAGUGUACAGGGAGAAGGUUAAUUGUGUCGCCAUGUUAUUAAGGUUCUUUUUUUUAUACAUAUAUUAUUACACAAUUUUUAAAAAAAAAAAUCAGGUCUUACAAGCAUCUAUCUAUAACUGAUUUUGACACUAGGGAUGUCUUGAACCUUUGCUUUCCUGACAUAAACCCAGGGCUUUGCCUUACUUAUGAGAUGCCCUGUUAUUUCUCUCUGUUUGAAGACGUGUGCUCAGUUGCACUUAAAAGAUUAAGAAGUGCAGCAACACAGUGCUUAUUUUCUGCCUUGAGGUAUGUAGCGUUACUGAAUAAAAUGAAUUGUUUCUGUACUGUGAGUAAGUGGAUACUAAAGGAAUAUGUGUUACAUAGGAGUGUUUGGGGGUGGGGGGGUCUUCAUAUUUGUGAUCAGCUAAACUCAGCACAGAGACCAUGGUUAAAGCAGAGAGAAGUUAACCACUGUUUCUUUUGUUUAAAAAAGAGACUGUAUGCUGUGAAGUUGGUACAUUGGCUUCACUCCUCUCUGUAAUGUGUGGAGAAGCUGCAUUCAUUAAUUAAAAUACUUUUUGAUAUUUAAGACAUUUUUUUACUGACAUUACAUAUGAAAUAAUUGUUACAUCAAUCUGAAUAACUGUCUUGAAAGAGAGCUAUUGUCUCUGUGCUGUGGAGUAUGACCAUUGAUUGUUAUUUAUAGGGCUGAACAAGAAAUAGCAGGAGGGAAGGGUGGGGUAUUGGUGAUGAUUUUCCACCAUGAUGGAGAUGUUAAAAGUAUUGUAGGACUUAUAUUAGAGAUAGAAUUUACUGCCAACUCAUGGGUCCUGCUAGAUGAGUGUCUACUCUGUGAGGUUCACUGGACAAGUUCAAAUUUAAAAUAUUGUAUGGUGGCAUACUUGCACCUGGCUUUGAAUGUCAUAUUUCACAAGCUAGAUACAAUAACACUCCUCCUCUAGUAGGUAUCUCAGUCUAUCUUUUAUACAGACAUUUUUGCCAUUAUAAAGAUUAAUAUUUUGUUUUGAUUCAGUUGUCUUGACUUUCAGUGUUUGCCAUAUGCUUCACUGAAAAAAAAAUGUGUGAUUGUGCUGAUAUUGAUAAUUAAUAAUGAGAUAUCUAAUGUAUCAUAUUCUGAAUGGUGUGGGCAGUUUUCUUCUUUGUUUUUUGGUUUAAGAUGGUUUACUAUUGUCUUUGUUACCAAUGUGCAUUGCAAUUUUAUACUUUGAGUAGAAGUUGGACUAUGUAAUCAACAAAUGUAUCUAACAAUACAUGACGCAUGGUGCCUUUGGGGCCAUCCCCCUCCCCCUCAGAAAAGUCAUUAAACCUGUUUGUAAAUUUG